UGCGAAUAUUUCCUGUUGCAUUUAAAUGUUUUUCAAUAAUUUGCAUAUGCAAUUAAAAUUGAUGCAAUUUUUCUCAUUCAUAAGAUAUUAAGUGCUACAGCUUAUGAUGAUGCCUGCUCAGUCUUUACUCAACUUUCAAUAUGAUAUCAAUAAAGAGAAAAUUAACUUUUGCAGUUCUUGUCACAUCAGCAAUAAUUCUCUCGUAUGUCUUAUUGCAGGAGCAAAAAAUCAAGGAACUGAUUGAGCUUGAUGACAUAAUGGACAUUGAUCAGCAGAAGCUUACAGAAAAUGACAAAAUAUUCUUCAUUGAAUCUCAUAUUGAGCACAUAAGAAAUUUUUCGAAAUUUAAGUUUGCUUGUUCAAUUGAAUCUGCAGCUAAAAUCAACCCAAACCUACAAGUUCAUCUGCUCUUUGCCACAACCUCAAAAUCAGUCAAAUUAAGUAGAUCAAAUAUUGUUGAUGCACUGCUGUCUUAUGAAAACAUUAAUCUAAUGUAUAUUGAUGUAAUAAAGUUCGCAAGAGGAACAGUUUUAGAAAAUUUCAUGAAAAAUAGUAUGUGGAAGCGUUCAAGGUAUCCCGUAGUUCACUUAUCGGAUAUACUGAGACCACUAGUGCUGAAUAAGUAUGGAGGACUUUAUUUGGACCUGGAUGUUCUCUUUAAAACAUCACUAUCAGAAAUCAACAGAACAAACUUUGCAUGUACCCAGAAUGAUGGCUUAGUUGUGAACAAUAUAAUGCGUUUGGAUUUGGAGCAAGGAAAAUCUUUAACUGGAGAUUUUUUGAAGAAAAUUGCUAACGAAUUCGAUGGAAGUUCAUGGAUAGGUAAAACUGCUACAGACCUGACAUUUAGAUGAAAUAAAUUGUGACUGAUUUAUGAAUUUUUCAAGGAAAUGGACCAAGAAUCUUAACAGAAUUAAUCAAGCAUAAAUGUGGCGGUUCGUUUUCAAAACAUAUUGAUGCUAACUGUGACUCCUUUACAAUUUUUUCAUACAAAAAAUGCAACCCGAUCAUUGCCUCGGAUUGGCACAAAUAUUAUCAAGUAAAGUAUGCAUCAGAUGUACUUAAGACUGUUAAGGAUGCAUAUUUUGUGCAUUUUUGGAACACUAUGCAAAUCUUUGACCACAAAUCUUAUGAUAUCAGCUUUAACUCUAGAUGUGCCUAUGCAGAACUAGCCAGAACCUAUUGUCCGAAAGUAUUCGAGACUUUGAAACAAACCUCAAGUUGAUUUAGCAUCUAAGAUACCUAAAAAGUGUCAAAUGAUGUCACUUAUAGCUAUAAGACAGCACAAAACGUAUCUAAGUACAGCACAAUAUUGACUAUUCUGUCGAGUCAACACAAAUAAAAAUAAAUAAACAAAAAAAAAUAUUUUGCGAAACCAACAACGUAUGAUAAUCACCAUAUGCCUAGUCAUUCUUACUUUCUUCACUUAUCAACCCAUCUAAUAUAAAUGUGAUGAAGUACACAACACAUCAUAAAAAUAAUAAUAACAGCACCAACAGCCGUAAUAAUAUCUUCAACACAUUCAGCUUAAAGACAGAAAGGAGGAAGAAGCUAGCAAGUUUGAAGAUCUUUUAAUUAUAUUUAUUGUUUAUUUUAUUUUUAUUUUUUCUGUCGAUUUUUUUUGCUUUUGCUUAUUUUUUCGAUUUAAACAAAACGAGAGAAUUUAUAUGUAUGAGAAAAAAAAACAUUAAAAAUUGUUUAUCUUUCCAUACACACGAGCAC